UACUUCUCUACUGUGACAACAACUUUACUGAAGCAGCUCAAUAUUCCAGUAUAUUGGUCGCAUAGAUACUAAGUCACCACUUACAUACUCUUAAGGACCCAAGGACCUUCACUGGCGGACUACACGCCUCUUCACUUCGAGCCAGUCGCUCUUCUAGGCCUCUGUCGCAAUAUGAAAAUCAACGCCUUCACCAGUCUUUCGCUACCAACAAGAUCGUCUGCAUUAACUUCAUCAAGUGGCUCAACCCUCGCCGCUUUCAGAUAGCGACACAUUCCCAAUGGCCAUUGUCGAAGAAUACUCGGGGCCCACAGAGGGCGGCUCCUCCUCAACAUUUACACUCUCGUCCAAAAUCCAACGUGAAAUCGAAGCGAAUUCAAUUUCUCGGCCCAAAGGAUACAGAGUAUCAUGGCACUACAACCCAGCCGUUGAGAAUCACCACUUCGGACAGACUCACCCCAUGAAACCAUGGCGCCUCACUCUCACCAAAUCUCUCGUCCUUUCCUACGGCAUGCACACCGCAAUGGACACGUACAUCCCACGCGCCGCCACCAAAGAGGAACUAGCAGAGUUCCAUAAAGACAGCUAUGUCGACUUUCUCUCCGUCGCGACGCCACAGAAUAUCUACGAAAUGUACCCUGAACUCGCCGCAGGGCCUACGGGCUACAGUUCAGCUAUCUUCGGGGUCGGCGAUGAUUGUCCGAUCUUUGAUGGCCUCUUUGCCUUCUGCGCCACAUACACGGGCGCAUCCAUCGACGCUGCACGCAAACUAUGCAACAAACAGUCCGACAUCGCCAUCAACUGGUCAGGCGGCCUUCACCACGCCAAAAAGGCUGAGGCCAGUGGAUUCUGCUACGUCAACGACAUCGUGCUUGCCAUCCUACAGCUCCUCCGCCACCACCCUCGCGUGCUGUACAUCGACAUCGACGUGCACCACGGCGACGGAGUCGAGCAGGCGUUCUGGAGCACCGACCGGGUCAUGUGCGUCUCCUUCCACAAAUACGAUAGAGAAGUAUUUUUCCCGGGCACGGGUCCCCUCGAAUCCACGGGGCCCAUCCACCCGGACAACCCGGGCAAGAACUACACGAUCAACGUGCCGCUCAACGACGGCAUCGACGACGAAGGCUACGCGUACCUCUUCCAGAACGUGGUCGAGCCGACCAUCAAGACCUUCAACCCGACGGCGAUCGUGCUCCAGUGCGGCGCCGACAGCCUCGGCCACGACAGGCUGGGAUGUUUUAACCUGAACAUCCGCGGGCACGGAAACUGCGUGAGCUUUGUCAAGAGUUUUGGCCUGCCGAUGCUCGUUGUCGGCGGCGGGGGGUACACGCCCCGGAACGUCGCGAGGGCGUGGGCGCACGAGACCUCGAUCCUCAUCGGCGCCGACAAGACGCUCAACCCGGACCUGCCGGAGUUCAUGCCCCACCGCGAGGCGUUCCGUCGGGAAGGCUUCACGCUGUUUCCUAACCUGAGCGCGUGGAAGAAGGACAACAUGAACACCCGCGCGGACGUGGAAAAGAUCAUCCGCCACGUGCGCGAGCAGCUGGCGUACAUCCGCGGCGCGCCCAGCGUGCAGAUGCAGCACAUCCCGCCCGACCUGCAGGGGUGGAGGGAGGAGGUCGAGGACGACCUGAGGGCCAAGAGGGUCGAAAGGGACGACUUCAAGGAGGAGCGCGACGGUGCUGGAGGCCUGGUCGCGAAGGCGAGCAGGAGGAGGGAGCUUGAGAGGAAUGGGCCGACCGGUGGGAAUACCUUUUUGUCAUGAGAUCGAAGAAUUCACGGGUCACGUAUCUGUCUUUCACCUAGGUGUUUUUGUCUGGGUUUGUGUAGACUCAAGGUCACAACAACAGGGCGUAAGAAGUUAAAAAUGGCAAUCGGUAACUGCUCACUGUUGAUGAAGUCGAAGUUUCCUGUGAGUACUCCGUAUCAGGGUAGGUACACCACUGGGUCCAGGGUUGGCAUUACUGUGCUCGUACAUCUCCUUUUUUGUUUUGUUUUUGAGAGUCCUUGUCUCUACCCAGGUAGGUAAAUGUUCGAU